AAACAUUAAAAUUUCACGUGUAAGCCAAACACCAUCGUACAAACAAUUUACAAGAAAACUCAGCUUUGGAAAACCCCUUAGAUCUAAACGAAAUAUCAAACGCGAAUGUUGCUGACCGCUUUAAAGAACGCAGUACGCGGCAAAACAAACGAACUACUCAAAGAUCUUUUAAUACGAAAACCUCUAACCGUAAAUAAAUCCACAAAAAUGUCCGAGACUAAAGCGGAACAAACACAAAUGCCUAAGGAGAAAAGCAAACCAACACUGCGUAAGGAACGACAGCAGCAGGCCAACAAAAAGAAAACUACACCCUAUAUUCCGGGUACGGUAACGCUGCAAAUUUUGGGAGCCGGCUCAAAUGGUGCCCCAGCCUCUGUCUACUUGUUCACCGAUCAGUCACGGUAUUUGUUCAAUUGUGGCGAGGGCACACAGCGUUUGGCUCAUGAACAUAAAACGAAAUUGGCUAGGCUGGAACAGAUAUUUGUUACGCGCAAUACUUGGCCGGCUAUAGGAGGUUUUCCGGGUUUGGCUUUAACCGUACAAGAUGCGGGUGUUAAAGAGUUGGCUUUGCAUGGCCCACCGUAUUUGGAGAAUAUUUUGUAUUCAAUGAAACGUUUUGUGGUGUUAAAGAAUUUGCAGCUCAAAACUGUCGACUGCACACAAAUCCAAGAUUUCGAAGAUUCUGUCAUGUCUGUUAAAUCUCUGCCUUUAUACCGUACUACCGCCGGCUGUAAGCAAAGCGAAACAAAUUUCAUCACCACCGCCAGCACUGAAGAACAAAUAGCCAUCACUUAUAUUUGUAAACUAAAACCCAGACCGGGUGCCUUAAAUCUAGAAAAAUGUGUAGAACAUGGUGUGCCACCAGGUCCCCUUCUAGGACUACUCAAAAACGGCAUCGAUGUGACUUUAGAUAAUGGCACAGUGGUGAAAUCUAAAGAUGUUAGUGAACCCAAUGAAAAUCCCUUGACAUUUAUGUUUUUGGACAUACCCUCUGCAGAGUUUCUGGGUAAUUUGGAGAAGCGUAAGGCUACAUUAUUGAAUUGUAAUAUAAAUCCUGAUAAUUCAUCAGAAAUGCCUUUAGUGGUGCAUUUUUCACCCCAGGAGGUGGUGGAAAAUAAUGUUUAUCAAACAUUUGUACAACAAUUUCCGCCAACAACGCAACAUAUUUAUUUGAAUUGUAAACAGAAUACAUUUUCGGGAUAUAUAGCUGCACAUCGCAUACAAUAUCAAUUAAAUCUUUUAAAUCCCCGGGUAUUUCCUUUGCUAGCAGAGGCCUCUUCCCUAACCACAAAUUUGACAAGUAAAUUGAAAAAGACCAAGUUGGAGGAUAAUGACAGGAAUGAUGAAAACUUUAAUAAUCAUAAGGAAGAGGUGGAUGGGGAUAUACAUUUAACGGACUUAAAUGCCAUGAGUUAUUAUCAUUUUAGGCCCAGAAAAGGUCUGGAUCGCACAUUGGAGGCCAAACUCUCACCCAGUGAAUAUAUACAAGAAACCCAAGUAUUACAAGACUUUCCCCUAUUGCAGCAGAAACUUAAAGAAGAUUUUAAGAAUUUACACGAGUCUUUAGACUCUCCCCAACAAUAUCCUGUGAUAACCUUUUUGGGUACUGGUUCCUGCAUACCCAACAAGACACGCAAUGUUAGUUCCAUAUUAAUACAACCCAAAGAGGAGGCCUACGUAUUGCUAGACUGUGGUGAGGGCAGCUUGGGACAAAUACAAAGAUUUUUUGGCUGUCAGAAGGCUGAAGAGGUAGUAAAAAAUCUCAAAUGCAUUUAUGUUUCGCAUUUGCAUGCCGAUCAUCAUAUUGGCUUAAUUGGUUUACUCACCGAAAGACUUAAGCUAUUGGGCAAUCAUGAGGAUAUGAAGAAAGUUUUAUUGCUGGCUCCCAAACAAAUAGAACCCUGGUUGAAUUUCUAUCAUGAACGUAUUUUCAAUAUCAAAAAUUCUUAUGAAUUAAUAGGCAAUGCUGAAAUAAUGGAAAAUCCCCUAAAUUUACAUGAAACGCAACCAGAUUUUGGUGUGACCUGCAUAAAAACCUGUUUGGUUAAACACUGUCCCCAUUCGUUUGGUGUUAGGGUAGAUAUUGUAAAUCCCCAACAGCCUGAGAAACCCAUAAAAAUUACCUAUAGUGGCGAUACCAUGCCCUGUCAGGAUUUAAUUGAAUUGGGUUUAAAUUCUUCCAUUUUAAUACAUGAGGCUACCAUGGAAGAUGAUUUGGAGGAAGAGGCUAAAAUUAAAACCCACAGCACCAUUAGCCAGGCCAUACAACAGGGCCAGCUAAUGAAGGCAGAACAUACUAUUUUAACACACUUCUCUCAACGUUAUGCCAAAUUGCCUAGACUGCAGCUUAACUCGGCCUCCACAUCGCCCUCAAAUACCCCCUCCCCUACUGAUACAAAUGAGUCUAACUUAAUGCAAAAUGUUUCCAUAGCUUUUGACAAUAUGCAGGUGUCUCUGCUAGAUCUGGAAAACUUUCAUUUAAUGUAUCCCGCCCUGCGUUCUUUGUUUGCCGAACAUGCCGAGGAAUUGGAACAGAAGGCCUUGAAGCGUGAACUGAAAUUGGAAAGAAAACGUAAAUUAAUGUCAACGUAAUUUAAGUUAGUAAAUCGUUAACUGUUUGAUUUUUAAGUUUUUAUUAUUAUUAACAAAUUAUUUGUUUAUGUUUAAAGUUUAAAAAGACUUUAUUAAAAUUUAAUGAAAACAAUAAAAGAAAUUUAUUUAAAAAGCUUUAGAAAGUAAA